AUGAUGGGAUUUUCCACCUCAACAAUAAUCGUCAUUGCCAUUGCAGCCUUCAUUUUUCCAUCUCAAGAUACCUCAUUAUGCGAGGCUGCACUGGCCUCAGUUUGUCCCAGCGACUCCGUCUGUUUCCAGUGGGGUGUCCCCGAAUCUUCGAGCGGCCCCGAAUCAGGCGCCAUGUACUUGCAGCUUCAAGCGUCCCCGUCUUAUCAAUGGAUUGGCCUCGGCACGGGAAGCAGGAUGCGAGGGUCAAACAUGUUGGUUGUGUACCAAAAUGGCCAUGGUAACGUAACCUUGAGCACGAGACAAAGCACCGGACAUAGCAUGCCGACGUACGCGCAACGCCCCGACGUCCAACUCCUCGAGGGUUCUGGCGUCUUAAACGGGACUCUGAGAGCCAACAUCCGAUGCGGCGAAUGCUCUGACGUCGGCGUCGGCGGCUCGUCAAACUGGAUAACGGCCUGGAAACAAGGUCCGCCUCUGUAUUCAUCAGAUUUGUCGGAGGCCAUCGCGUAUCACGAUGGGUAUAGCAGCUUCACGGUGGAUCUUGCGCAGGCAGCCAUCGCCUCGGAUGAGAACCCUUUCCUCUCUAAUAAUAGUUCUGUCGAUACACACUCGGGCCUCUCAUCGGCGAUCUCUAGACUGAAUACUGUGGAUCAAACGAGUGAGACUGCGGCUCUUUUAUGGGCUCACGGUAUUGUUAUGAGUGUGGUGUUUUUGAUUGGCUUUCCGGCCGGAUCCUUCAUCAUGUUGUUGGUUGGCCGGUGGAAAAUCCACGCUGGUUGGCAAGUACUAUCCUUUAUUGGGUUGUGUUGCGGAUUUGCCAUUGGGGUUAUGAUUUCCCCGCGAUAUAAUGGACUCUUCCAAGAUAGCCAUACUCGACUUGGUGUUAUAGUGUUUGCUCUCAUGGCCAUACAGCCUGUACUAGGAUGGCUACACCACGUACACUACUGCAAGUACCGGAAGCGUGGUAUCGUCAGUCACAUCCAUGUAUGGUACGGCCGCUGCCUCAUGGGCCUUGGCAUAGUGGCUGGUGGCCUUGGUCUCUGGCUAGCCCGCGCUCCCCAAGGGUUUAUCAUUACCUACUGCGUAGUGGCUGGGUUAGUCGCAUUAUGUUACUGUGUCAGCAUCGUUUUUGGCCGCAGGAAAUAUAAUGGUGCUGCCGGCAAAGACGUAAAUACAUACAUGUUGCCAGACAUGUCGGAGGAGUCGAGGUUGAGUUCUGCCGUAUCCAAAACCAAUCGGGCCCGUUAG